ACGCCCUGCGCUCCUCUGGGUCGCCGCCAUGUUUCCUUGUCUUCGGUUCAACGAGACGCUGGGCGUCGCCGUGUGCAGAUGACACCAGAUUUGGCGUUUGGCCACAAAAUUGACAGGAAAAGCUAAUGAUUGAUGGUGACACCAUGAGCCAGCAGAGGAAGCCUCAGAUCUGAGGCUGAAUCUGACCAGGAAGGUUCUGCAACUGGAUCCUCGGAACCAUCAGGAUGAGAUCGGACUCCUUCCUGCUGGUUCUCCUCAUCCUUGGCUCUCAGGCGAGUAAUCCACCAGACUCAGAGCAGCCGAAGGCCAUAGAGCAGAAACAGGUCCGAGAAAAACCGAAGCUUCCAAAACCCCAAACAACUCCAUCCACAACACCCGCCCCAAAAACCACCACAGCACCCGACACGGACCAGUUCCUGGGUCCACAACAAUGUCUGGACAAAAAGUUGACCCGGGCGUCGUGUGGCGUGGUGUUCUGCCCUCCGUGGCAGCGCUGCGUUGAAGGUCGGUGUACCUGCAAACUUCCCUACCUGUGUCCCGUUGAAGGCGUGAAACCGGUCUGUGGGGAGAACCACAAGAGAUUCACGUCGUACUGUCAGGCGAUGGCUGCCUCAUGCCGGACCCAGAAGCCUGUAAUCCACUUUGGAAAAGUCUGCACAGACAAUAAGUUCCAGAGCAUCCUGGACAAAGACACAGGGCUGAUCAGGAUCUACCUUCCUAAUGCCACCGGAGGAAGAGAGAACCUGCUGCUGUGCCAGCAGGACUGGGACAUGGCAGCUGCUAACGUGGCCUGCAGGGACCACAAAAACCCGCUUGACAAAGGUGCAGCGUCUGCAGACUCUGUGGACUACAACUCCCUGCCGCCCAGCAGCGAUCUGCCCAGCCACUGCGUCAGCGUCCACUGCCAGGGCUACGAAAUGUCUCUGGCUGAGUGUGAGAUCUACGGCCACAAGGCCGCUGACGGCGGCAUGGUGGCCACAGCGACCUGCUAUAAGGACAGACCUGAAGAAUGCGGCUUCACCUGUGCAAACCAGAAAUAUUUCCGCAACCAGACAUGCGACGGCGUGGAUGACUGCGGCGACCGCAGCGAUGAGAUGUGCUGCAAAAGCUGCAGGAACGGAGCUUUCCACUGCAGCUCCGGCGUCUGUCUGCACAGAAAAGCGGUCGGCGACCAGCUGAUCGACUGCCUGGACGGAGCCGAUGAAGCUCAGAGACGAGUGGAAGCUUCAGCAUCAGCAGCAUCAGGUGACGUGGACGCAGCUCCAAACCCCUCAGAGUACAUCUCUCCUAAAAACGAAACCAGAGCCAUCAGGAAGCUUCUGGAGGACAAGCUGUCCUGUGGGAUUCCCAACAUGACCUUGGUUGACAACACAGAACCGGACGACCGAGCAAGAACCAGGAGCAAGAGGGUGGUGGGAGGAAUCCCGGCCAAGCCGACUCAGAUCCAGUGGCAGGUGGCGAUAGAGGAGAACCGCAGGAUCGACUGUGGAGGAGCUUACAUCGGCGGCUGCUGGGUCCUCACCGCCGCUCACUGCGUCCGGCCGAAUCCUUCUGCGUUCAAAGUCAAAUUUUCUGUCUGGAAGAAAUUCGCCCUCAGGGAACGACGGACAUCGUCCUGUGGCGGACAUCGCAUCCACCCGAACUACGUGCCGUCGACGUACGAGAACGACAUCGCGCUGGUGCAGCUGGAGAAGCUCCCGUUCACGGAUAAAUGCCUGGAGGACAACCCGGCCAUCCGGCCCGUCUGCGUCCCCUGGACCACCCAGCUGUUCCCGCCCAACCACACCUGCAGCAUCUCCGGGUGGGGCCGCACCGCAGACGGCCGGUCGGCCCAGGUGCUGCUCUGGGCCAACGUGUCGCUCAUCUCCGGCUGCGAAUCCUCCUACGGGCAUCGCUUCAAACCGGGGAUGAUGUGUGCAGGAGACCUGGAGGGAAAUGUGGACUCGUGUCAGGGCGACAGCGGCGGCCCGCUGGUCUGUGAGGACGAACUCGGGGUUUCCUACCUUUGGGGCAUCGUGAGCUGGGGGGAGCGGUGUGGCCAUCGGGGUUUCCCAGGGGUUUACACACAGGUCGCUCAUUACUUUGAGUGGAUCCGGCUUCACACCGGCUGGUCUGCAGUCACCAAAUUUAACUAUUAAAGAAACUUUUCACCUUUUCUCACCUGAAA